UAUUGGACCUUCUAGGCUCCCUCAUUCUCUGUUUCCCACCGAUUUUCGUCACAUCCACUGCUCCACCGAACCGACCUGACUCGACAACCAACGUCUUUUUUCGACCUUUUUCUUUCUUUCCUUUCCCCUCUCUUUUCUUUCCUCUCUUUCAAAUCGAGUCGUCGACAAGACAGAUCGGGUUUAAUUCAUAUCGCCAAUAUUUAAUCUUACCGUCUGGCCCUCUGCGCCCCUCAGAUCUGCGACCAAGUGCUCCAUAGCGUGGGUCCGAGGCUAUCCAUUCUUUUCACGGCUCAAACGGCGCGCCGGAUUUUCGCCGGUCCUCUCUCUUUUCUCUCUCUUCCUCCGCAGGACCCUCCGGUGUAUGGUCCAUCGCUGUGAAUUUCGUGCAUCAUGGGUUCGACGCAGUUCGGCAAUUUCAACGACUUUUGUCGAGACUCGACGUUACCGGUCUGCAAUCUCUUCGUCCCUAGCAAUCAGCCUCCCAAUAAGGCGUUUGAUGGGUGUCCCCUGGUUGGCAUUGACCUGAGCGACGACCGACAUUUGAGCAACUUGGGCUCGAUCUUAUUGGCGUUCAUCGCAAUCCUGGCAUCUAUCUUUCUGCUUUGGCGGUCGGAACGAAAACAAGCGGCAGUGGGACGAAGGGAAAUUCAACUGUUCCUCCUGGGAUUCAUCAUCAUUGAGAUAUGUGAAAUCUUCACGGUCGGUGGUUUUCCACUCGACGAGGCAGUCCGGAAGGGCUUCACCGCGGUGCACGUGGCCGCCAUCACGGCAACCUGUUGGAUCCUGUUCUUGAACGCCAUGGUCGGAUACCAGUUCCUCGAUGACGGCACGCCCGCCUCGCUCGCUCUCUUCGCCGUGUCCGCCGGAGUCCUCUUUAUCGGCACGGGUUACAUUUCUCUGGACACUGCGUUCAACUGGACCGGCGAGUUUGCCACGACUGCUUCGAACAACUACCGGAAUAUCGCCCUUUACGUGCUCUACCAACUCUUCCCCCUGGUGUGCCUGGUGGCCUUUUUCGUGUUGGAGACGGUCUUGGUGAUCCGGAUCCUGGGCGAAUUCCGACCGAUGUUUUAUUUGGCCGGCGCCGCUCUCCUAUUCGCCAUCGGGCAGAUCUUCAACUACGUCAUCAGCACGCAUCUCUGCAACGCGACGGGCGGGAAAAUUAACGGCGCCUUGUUCGAGACCCUGUUCACCAUGCUGUCUGUGGUGACGAUCUGGUUCUUCUGGAGCAGUAUCACCGAAGAUGACUGGCCGAUGCCCACGGGACCGAUGCAGGUGGGAACGGGCGGGGGAUACAGUUGAUCGAAAGACAACAUCGACCUCAUUGACCCUCGACUUUCCUUUCUUUCGACCUCGAAAAAUAAUAAUCUCGCCUUUCUCGACAUUCCUUUGGCCCGCCCCAUGAUACCCGCUCCUUGCCUCGCCGCGUUGUGUUGAUUUAUUUGAUGUUAAUGGCGUCUAUGAGAGGACCACUCACGUCCGAUACCAUGUUUCUUGUUUUCUUUGAUCUGCUGCUGUAUACUUUCAUGUUUCACGAUCCAACUGACGUCUCGCUCCGUCCAUCUUGCAUGGGCGUGACCUCACCUAUCCCCGAUCUAUCGCCUGGCCUUUCAUUGGUCAUGGGUUGGCAUCCUCCUUGUUCUUGUUAGAUACCUAUUUGCUUGUAAUAGUGCAUGACUAUAAUUAAUUUAUUUCAUAAUCUGUGUUUCUCCU